ACGCGCAACGAAUUGGAUCUCAGACAAACACCGGCCAGCUGCACUGCACAAAAAGUCGUGAACAAGGCUGCAAAAGCAGAGAAAAUAACUAUAAAUACCGAGUUGGAAUAUGUUCCACGAUGCUCUUCGUCCUACGCAACGUAUGAGUGAUAUUUUGGUGGGGAUAGGGUUCGAGUACCUUUAUCUCCUUUGAUUCCGGUUCUUCUAUAUACCAUUCUCGUUCCGUUGAAUUUUCGGUUGUUUUUCGCAGCGCGAGUGUUUAAUUAACUAGCCGCAUGGCGCUAACCAAGAAACUAUGCGAAAACAGAAACAAACAGAACAAACAAUUCAAAACUUUCGGUUGGCUGUCAAAAUUGAAAUUAAGUCCGGCACUUAGCCUGCUAUUCUAAAUAUAAAAUAAGUUGAUUCGGAAGCCGACUCCAGUUCAAUCAUCAGCCAGCAACAUUGUGGAAUUCCCAUGCAGGAAAAGGAAAGCAAGGGAGGAGGAAUCCGAAGUCAUAUAAAAUACAUUGCAGCAAAGUGGAAAAAUUGUGGAAAACAGGAAAUGAAUAUGCAAAAAAGGACAGGGAAGGGAUAUGAAAAAUGCAAAUAGCCAAAUCGAGUUCAAUGAGAAAUGCAGCUAACCCAAAACCGAGCGUAUUUACACAAUUUCACAUUCACAUGCUAGUGCAUAGGUAGUUCGGGGCGCUCAGGUCCUGGUCCGAAUACAAAUGCGACUCACUGUGCAGAUGGCUAAUUGUGGCUGACUGGUAAACCGAAGAAAGCAGGAGCGCCGAAUGAAAAAUGCAUUAAAUGCAACCGCAAAAUAGGGCAAAAAGCAAAACCAAUCAAGCGACAAAAAACAAAAAAGAAAGCAAGAGGAAAUUGCACAUACUGAGCGCAGAGCAAAACAAAAGGAUGACAAAACCAGUUAGCGAAUGUAAAAAUUGAUUUCUGCGGUCUGGAUAUAGCGGAUAUUGCUUAUAUACGACCGUAAAUCGCAGCGACAUAAAACAUUAACCGACAUUUAUAAAUAAACAAUCAUAUAUUUGCGGGCAAAGGUACAAACAAAAUGCAAAAGCCAGCGCUCAAACUACGAAGACUCUUCAUCAUUACCGCUGUUUACAUAGCCAGUUUGCCAGGUCUCACUGUGGGGCUGCGCAAUGUCAACGUUCGCAUCCCGUCCGCCGUUAAGCGCGGCGAUAAUGCGCUCUUAAUCUGCAAUUAUGACAUCGAGAACGACACGCUCUACACGGUGAAGUGGUAUCGCGGCAGGCGGGAGUUCUAUCGCUACACGCCCAAGGAGAAUCCGGCCUGGAAGAUAUUCACCAAAACGAACGAAAUCGAUGUCGAGACCACCCAAUCGAAUGCCAGCCAUGUUUUGUUGCGAAAUGUGCCCACCUCAAUAUCGGGCAAGUUUGCCUGCGAAGUGUCCGCGGAUGCACCCACCUUCGAUACUUCCAUUGUGGCUGCCGACAUGGAGGUGGUUGAACUGCCCACCCAACGACCCAUAAUUACCGGCAUCCAUUCACGAUACCGUCUGGGGGACGUGGUGAAUGGCAACUGCUCAUCGGAUUACUCGAAGCCGGCUGCAAAUCUCACCUGGUGGAUCAACGACAUUCAGGUGCCACCCAAUUACCUCCGCGUCUACGACAUUCAGCGGCAUUUGGCCGAGCACCUGGAGUCGGCAGUUUUGGAGAUCAAUUUCGUGGUGACGGUGCAUCACUUCAUCAAGAGUCGCUUGAAGUUAAAAUGUUCGGCUCGAAUACACGAAAUCUACGCGCAGGAGAGCGAGAAAGUGAUCGAAGAGGAUCGUCCCAGGAUUCUGGCUUCGGGCAGAUCGCCUGACAUGAAUAUGUAUCCCUUCGAUCAGCCCGGUGAUGUGGAUGAGCAUAACGAACUAUUCUUGAUUCACUCAGAUGCCGCCGCCGGACCAUUCGCCUGGACUCCCAUCCUGUUCCUGCUCCUGUGGCCAAGUGUCUGGGCUUUGGGGAACCUGUUGGGAGUUCAAUAUUUUGGCAGAGGGGAGCGGUGAUAAGAUGGCCACUGGCAGGAGAGAUGGACUUCAGGCGGAACUUGAGACGAACGAGAACCCCUGCUCGGGCUCGGCAAUUAUGGAACCCAUAUUAUAGCGAAUCGAUUAGCAAAUCAACAGUGAAAGGUCCUCAGCAUACCGAAUAUACCUACUCUCACAUAUACCUAUACCUAUGUUAAGAACGUAACUGUAAAGACAAAUGCAUUUCCAAGAUACCCGUACUCCUCUAUCCCUAAGUCAAGUGUAAAUAGGCAUCGAGCACAUCCUCGCAUACUCACCAGGAAUAUAAACCUAAACUAACAUAUAUACAUAUAUCUACUCUCUAAGCAGGAUUCUAAAUGUUUGCUUUCGUUGGGUUUUGUCGAGGAUUUAUUGUUAAGAUUGUGGUUUCUAGGCAGAUUCAUUGUUCUGUUCGUCUGUGUCUGUUUGAAAAACUGUACAACUAAAAUGUUUAGCUAUAGCGUUAACUUUAGUGUGUGACCCUAAGUUAAAAGUGUGCGUAAGAAAUAUUGAUGGAAGCCAA